CCUAAAGGAGUAAUCAAUCACCAGUCUCGUCUCCUACCAAACGAUUCUAACCCACUGGGCACUUCCGGCACAGUCUUCUUCCAGCUCCUUCUUGCUCCGACUUCCGGUUCACCCCUCUCGUGGACGCCCUCGGGGCGGCCGGGCAUCCUUUGCCUCCUUGGCCUGCGUCGCCGCCCACGCAGGGGUCGUUGGGACUUUGCGGCCUGGCGUUGCACCGACCCCCUUCUCCCUUCCCCCGUAGGUGUCCCUUAGCCCUGCUGCCCCGCCGCGGGGGUGGGGGGAGGGUGACGCGGGUGAAGGCUCUCUUCCUGGUCUCCUUGGCUUCGUCGGCUGCCCCGAGUGGCCCCGACAAGAUGGCCGCCGCCUGGGAGCAGCGGGGCGCGCCGCGCCGCGGGGGUGCCUGGGAGUUGUAGUCCGGCCCCCGCUGACGCACUUGGCCGCGGGGCAACGACGGUUGCCAUUGUGCGCUGCGCGCGGGUCACCGCCAUUCCCACCAGACACGUCGGAGGGGAAGCCAUGGCCUCCAGAUUCCCCAUGGCCUGGGUGCAUGAGCCGGUGGCAUUCGAAGACGUGAGCCUGGGUUUUGGCCUGGAGGAGUGGGAGCUGCUGGACCCCGAGCAGAAGUGCCUGUACAGACAGGUACUACUGGAGAACUACAGGAACCUGGUGUCCGUGGAACAUCAGCUUUCCAAGCCAGAGGUGGUGUCUCGGCUAGAGGAGGAGGAAGAGCACUGGUCGCUGGAGAGAGGAAUUCCUCAAGACACCUUUCCAGGGAGGCCUGAGAGCCCACCGGACCCGCCCUCGGACCCUCUCCCUGCCGGGGCGCCCCUGACGGAGAUCGAGGUGGUGGAGGUGCUUUCGCUGAACGAGGAGGCGGCGCGGUCCCGCAACGCCCGGAUCUGGGCCCUCUACGCCGGAGGCGACGGCCCCAGCCCCAGGGUCCCGGAGGAGCCCGCCCCAGCGCCGGGCGGCCGUCCCGCUGACCCCGAGACCGACCCCGACCCCGAGGCCGCUCGACAGCGCUUCCGGGGCUUCCGCUUUGAGGAGGCGGCGGGGCCCCGCGAGGCCCAGGCCCAGCUCCGCGAGCUGUGCCGCCGGUGGCUGCGGCCCGAGGCGCGCUCCAAGGAGCAGAUGCUGGAGGCGCUGGUGCUGGAGCAGUUCCUGGGCGCGCUGCCCCCGCAGCUGCGGGCCUGGGUGGAGUCUCAGCGCCCGGGCGACUGCCAGGAGGCGGCGGCCCUGGUGGAGGACGCGACCUGGGGGCCCGAGGAGAAAGCUCUGCCCGCCUCGGGCCCCACCUGCGCCCUGGAGCCCCCGGCCCCGCAGGAGGGGAAGACGGAGGAGGAGAGCUGCCCCGCGGAGGUGCAGCCGGAGGAGCCAGUGACCUUCCUGGACGUGUCCUUGGACUUGAACAGGGAGGAGUGGGAGCUGCUGGACGCCUCGCAGAGGACCGAGUACCACGACGUGAUGCUGGAGACGUUCCGGCACCUGGUCUGUGUGGGCUGGGAGAGCACUGCGGAGGGGGAGCGGCUGCUCCCACAGCCAGCGGCUGCUGAGGCCGAGCCGCCCACCCUGAAAGCGGAAGAGCCCUCGGCCUCAGGGGAGGCCCCGCAAGCAGGGGCCCUGGAGGCUGAGGCCUCGGCAUUGCCGCUCGCGGGGCCGGCUCAGGAGGAAGCCCUCCCUGAGAAGCAGCCCCAGGAAAGCCCCGAGCCCCCAGCGGACGGGGGCCUCGCCACCAGCCACGUCUCCCACCAGAAAACGCUGCCCCGGCACAGCCCGCGCAGGCACAGCUUGCGGAUCAGGAAGGCGGCGCGGACUGUCCAGGUGCGGCUGCAGCAGAGCCGGCGCCGGGACCGAGCCCGGGACACCAGGAGCGGCCCGCAGGUCACCUUCACGCGGGUCCAGAAGGGGAGCCAGCUGUUCAGCUGCAGCGCCUGCGGCAAACUGUUCCGGAACCCCCGCUACUUCUCCGUGCACAGGAAGAUCCACACGGGGGAGAAGCCCUACGUGUGCCAGGACUGCGGCAAGGCCUUCAUCCAGAGCUCCUCCCUCACGCAGCACCAGCGGGUCCACACCGGCGAGAGGCCCUUCACGUGUCCCGAGUGCGGGCGGACCUUCAACGACCGCUCCGCCAUCGCCCAGCACUUGAGGACUCACACUGGAGCCAGGCCCUACCUGUGCAAGUUCUGCAACAAGUCCUUCCGCCAGAGCUCCCACCUCAUCCGGCACCUGAGGAUCCACACCGGGGAGCGCCCCUAUGCCUGCGACAGGUGCGGGAAGGCCUUCACCCAGAGCUCCCACCUCAUCGGGCACCAGAAGACGCACAGUGGGGACAAACGCAAGAGGAACCCCCAGCCUGGUGCUAAAGCCAGCUGACGAGGCGCUGCCUCUCCGCCCGUCCUUCCCCAGAACCUGAGUGUGUGGUGGGACUCGGCCCGACCCCAGAGCUCUGGACAACGGACGUUCUCCAGACCAGAGGCCGCCAGGGCCCGUCCCACACCCGCAGGCGCGUGGGCGGCCUCGAUGGUGAACCUGACGGCUGGAAAACACCUGGCGUUUUACUCAGUGGACUGCAGUUCGAUCUGGUCACAACAGGGGACGUCAGUGAAAGCUGAGGAGUGCCUGCAAUGGAGCGGGUGCACUGGCGUUUGUAGUGAAGUAUGUGUGGCUCAGGACUAAGAGAAGGUGGAUGAGUAAAGUAUUUCUUGGUA